UCAGUGGGCGGAGUCAGCUCAGAUGUAGCGCCAGGCCGCAGCGGUGCGCGCACACUGGAGCCGCGCGCAGAACGUGGUGCCGCUGGUGUGACUGCCGCUCGUCGCUGGACUCCGGGGUCACUCCCCCUUCAGAGCACGAUCACUACACAAUCAGUGUGCGUCCCACUAAUGAAACUCCUGCACAUCACACCAGGUGUAGUGUGAUUGUAUUGUCCGUCACCAUGGCAACCCUGCUGUUUACACGCCAGCUCAGCCUCUCCCUGCACAGCCUGCGCUCCUCACUCUCAGGCUGCAGACGUGUGAGUAAGGCUGCUCCUCAGGCUCAGAUGGACUGGGACUACGACGGACCAUCCAUGAAGACCCCGGUGCCAGGGCCCCGCUCUCAGGCACUGCUCAAGCAACUGGGAGAGAUCCAGAACAUCGACGCCAUCAACUUCUUCUGUAACUACGAGGAGAGCCGCGGGAACUACCUGGUGGAUGUGGAUGGCAACCGCAUGUUAGACGUGUACACCCAGAUCUCCUCCAUCCCCAUCGGCUACAAUCACCCGGCUCUGCACAAACUCAUGGCCGACUCCAACAACCUGAGCACAUUCGUGAACCGGCCUGCUCUCGGCAUCCUGCCUCCAGGAAACUUCCCCGAUAAAGUCACUGAGAGCCUGCUGUCGGUGGCCCCCAGUGGGAUGACUCGGGUGCAGACCAUGGCCUGUGGAUCCUGCUCUAAUGAGAACGCCUACAAAGCCAUGUUCAUCUGGUACAGGAAUAAAGAGCGUGGUGGACCCAGCCCCAGCCCCACACAGGAGGACCUCACCUCCUGCAUGAUCAACCAGAAACCGGGCUGUCCUGACCUCAGUAUCCUGUCCUUUAUGGGUGGUUUCCAUGGGCGCACUCUGGGGUGUUUGGCCACCACUCACUCCAAAGCCAUCCACAAACUGGACAUCCCGUCUCUGGACUGGCCCAUCGCGCCCUUCCCCAGACUGCAGUAUCCUCUGGAGGAGUUCACUCGGGAGAACGCUGCAGAGGAGGCCCGCUGCCUCGAGGAGGUGGAGGACCUGAUCGUGCGCUGGAGGCAGAAGGGCAAACCCGUAGCAGGAAUUGUGGUGGAGCCCAUCCAGGCGGAGGGAGGAGACAACCACGCCUCUCCAGACUUCUUCAAGAGCCUCCGGAACAUCGCACGCAAGCAUGGCUGUGCGUUCCACGUGGAUGAGGUGCAGACUGGAGGAGGCUGCACAGGGAAGUUCUGGGCUCACGAGCACUGGGGCCUGGACGACCCCGCGGACAUCGUGUCCUUCAGCAAGAAGAUGCUGACUGGAGGAUACUAUCACAAGGACGAGCUGCAGGCUGACAAGGGUUACCGGAUCUUCAACACGUGGAUGGGAGACCCGUCUAAGAACCUGUUCCUGAUCGAGGUCCUGAACGUGAUCCGCAGAGAGAACCUCCUGGAGGAGGUGAGGAGGUCUGGCAAGGCUCUGCUCCAGGGGCUCUACGCUCUACAGGAGCAGUACCCAGGCCUGCUGAGUCGUGCCCGGGGACAGGGGACGUUCUGUGCUGUGGACAUCUGUGAUGACCCCACCAGGAGCAAGAUCCUGCUCCAGGCCCGCGACAAAGGAGUCCUGCUGGGUGGCUGUGGAGACCGUUCCAUCCGUUUCCGCCCCGCCCUCAUCUUCAAGGAGUACCAUGUGGCCCUGUUCCUCAACAUCUUCAAUGACAUCCUGGCUCAGCUCAAGUAGAACCACCAGGAACCACCAGGAACCCAACCAACCCGACUGCCUUCAGACCUGUCUACAGCACAAGAACCUCCAAACACUCACACACAGGGGGCGCUGGAGAGAGGCUGGAAUGCACUUUUGAAGUAAUAGCACAUAUGAACAAAUUAAAGGUCGUAUAUUAUGCUAGCUACAAUCUGGUUUAGCUUUAGUUAUAAAGUAGCUGCUGUCAAGUCCCUGCGCCCUCUGCUGGCCACUGUAGCAUUGUAUGUGAUCAGAAAUCAGCACUGCAUUAUACAAGUACUAUACGAUGUUUAAAUUGGUAACACGUCAAAUACCAACGUUAAUAAGUAUGAAGAGUUGUAGCCAAAUAAUGCGUGAUAUAAAACCUUUAAUCGAGGUCGACAAUAGAGAAAAAAGAUCCAAUUUAAAGCCAGAGUUUCUCAGUGAAAUGCCCGACCAGACCAUAGACUGUUUAUAGAAAUGGACAGAGCUAAACCGCUAGCCACGGUUUUCCAAACAGGAAGUGAACACAGGUGCACUUCGGCUCCACUGACUCUGGUUAUGAUUCACUUUUUUAUUGAAACAAAAAAUGCUGCUGUCAGAGUCAUCAUUUUGGUCUUAAAAUAUGUGUUUUAACAGUUGUCCUGUCGAUCUGAGCUACCCGUCGAUUUGAGCUACUUAAUGCUACUGCACGUGCACAGUACCACCAAGCACCGUCGAUUUGAGCUCCCGAGGCAGAAGUGGAGUAACAAGUCACAUUUUAAAAGUGUUUUGGUUUUAUUGUGUGUUUGUUCAGUUAAACAUCGACAUGUGCGUGUUCAAUUUGCGGCAGAAAACCUAAGUUAGAUGAUUGAACAGUUUGGAUUUAAUAUUUGAUUUUAUCAUUAUCAUUUUCAUUAAAUUAUGUUUUAUUUUGUUUCCAUGAGUACAAAACGUUGUAUCUUUGUUUAGAAAGGUGCUGUAUAAAUAAAAUAUCACUAUAUUAUAAUAGCAAAUUCACAUUGUAACCUGUGAUAUUAUUGUGAAAUAUGAUAUUAUCACUAUUCAUAUAAAGAUUUCAGUGGUUCUUUCUCUUAUUUAAUGAGCUACCUCAACCCAAAUCCAUCUAAAUGAGUGAAUAAUAUUGAUUCUACAGUGGGAGCAUUAUUCGAUGGAUAAAUUGAAUACGACCAAAUGAACCAUGCACAUGUAUAUAAAACAGUUGAAAUUUGACAUAACUAAGGUGUAAAGUGUGAUCAGCGUGUGCAAAUAACAUCAAACUCACGUCUCUAAUCCAAAGAAAUCUGUAUCAGACUGGAGAGGUUAGGGUUUGGCUUUAUUUGAUCUCUACAACUGUAAACGAAAAAAAAAAAGGUCGCUUAUUUCGACAGGGCAGAGUGAACCGAUAGACGUCACUGUCGAUUUAGACUGCUGGAGCUUAUUUUGACAAGGCAGCUCAUUUCGACAGGACACUGUCUCUACAUGAUCCUGGGAUUUCACUAUUUUGUCCCUAAAAAAAGAUAUGAACAGUAAUAACAGACCAAUCAGCUCCGCUAUAACUUCAGGCCUGAGUGAGCUUCAUUUGACUGGAGCCAUAUGCUGUGUGUACUUCACACUCACUGAGUCCACUUGUUUAUACAGUCUAUGGUCCAGACCCUGUCCAAUUUUCAGUACUUGUAAGUGAGUGAAAUGUGACCAAACACAGCAGAAACAUGAUGUGGAAUAGGUCAAUAUAUGUUUGAUAAUAACCUGUAAGACUUGCUUUGUCCAGAAUGUUCCACAGUAUGGCAUUAGACCUCCCUAUCAGUAACUUUUUUUUUAUUGCAGAAAGGGACCUUGAAAAACAUAUUGUAGCUCUGAGCGAGGCCGCCUCUCCACAAAUCAGACCUGGAGUCAGUUUCCUUGGAGAUAGACAAGUUUAAUCAAUCAAUCAACAACUUUACCUUUACCAAACCUUAGCGAGGAAUCAAACACAGUCCCAAGUACUUCUAAGAGUCCACCAUUUCUACUGCUUCCCCAUGGAUGGAGCUGGUUAUUGGGCUGUGGACUUUUUUCCACAAGUCCACAACCAGUUUUUUGGUUUUAGCUCCAUUUAGAUCCAGGUUAUCAUUAUCACAGCAUUAAUGAAAGCAGGUAGAGCUCGGCCGUGGUGUGAGUUUACUCCCUGCAGGAGAGAGAGGAGGACAAUAUCAUCUGAGAACUUCAUCAUGUAGCUGCCCUCAUAUGCGGACCUACAGCUGUGUGUAUACAGAAAUUAAAGCAGUGGAGACAAAACACAACCCUGGGAGACACCAAUAUUUGUUGAGUUUAGCACUGUGAAACAUUCCAGACAAAGCAACAUCAUCUCCAUGGAGACAAGUAAAGUAGAUAAACGUAGUUCAAAUGUCUACGAUGUUUACAGUGAAGAGCAAUACGUUUGUGAUGAAGAGGAGGAGAGAAUGCAGGUGAAGGUGUGAAAGAAAGCAGAAGUGAAAUGACACACUGUGGCUUUAAAUUGGAAUCUUCUGGUAAUGUUUAAACUGGGAUAUCUUUGCCAUAACAUUUGAAACACUGAACCGUCCGCCCCAUAAACCACUACGCCCUUUAUGCUCGCUAAUAUAUUAACUCUGAAGAGGAGAGAGCUGCUAAUCUUCUUUUUUAUUUUUUUACUCUUAUUGUUAUUUUUUUAACCUGGAUUCUGAAAAGCGCACAAUAAAUCAGGGUUGAAAUGUCAAACUAACUGAUGUCCCUACUCUUUAUAAUCCAGUCCAGGUUCAGACGAGCACAAUCGCCACGGCAACACCACACGUCCCAUAAUGCUAAUGGAAUCAUAUAGAGUAAGAACAACAAUAUAUGAUGAAUACAGUAGUUUAGUUGGACUUUUUUGUGCCAUAUUUGGUUGGUAAUCCCUCCCGUUUUGCGUCCUGCAUGGAUGAAGCUGUACAGUUGUAAUAGGUAUUUGAUAAGAACUGACCCUGUAGCCCUGUGGUGGACACGUAUCCAGCGUCUGUCGGGGGAUUUUUGUAUGAAGUAACACUAUAGGAGACAGUGGUGAAUGUCUUAUCCACGUACUUGUACUUGUACUUGUACUUUUUAGCGUCUGUGAAGGCCUAUGUUUAGUCCUGUUUCUGUUGUAUUGGGAAAUGAAGCCCGGGGGAAGAGGCCGUGUGCGUGUGGGAUGAGUUUAAAGUGCAUGUGACUUUGACCGUUCUCUCAUUUGCACUUCAUUUGUUGGGAUAAUACUGAUUGUAAAUAUAAAUAAUAGUUUUACACCAAUCAAGACGCAAUUGAUGAAGAAAAGUUGAAAAAUACUUUGGAAAAUUACAGGAAGUAGUUCUAAAUACACUGGUGACAUUGUACAUAAUCCAUUAAAUUACUUAAAGUGAGUAACGUAAUCUGAAUACUUUGGAUUACUUGCUUUGCUGUAGAGAAACAAAGACUAGGAUAACUUCACGUAAGAUGUUUUGUCUGCUAAAAGAAAAUAAAAAGCCCAGACUUUACUGAACCUUAUUGAAAAUAUUAUUGAUAGAAGAAGAGACACGUCCACGCAGCAUGAUUUAGUCCUGUUAAAUCCUGUUUUAGUCCUGGUUUAGAUCUAGUUUAGACCUGGUUCAGUCCUGGUUUGUAUCUAGUUUAGACCUGUUUUAGUCCUGGUUUUAGUCCUGUUUUAGACCUGGUUUUAGUCCUGAUUUAGAUCUGGUUUAGACCUGGUUUUAGUCCUGAUUUAGACCUGGUUUUAGUCCUGGUUUAGAUUUAGUUUAGACCUGGUUUUAUUCCUCGUUUAGACCUGGGUUCAGUCCUGGUUCAAUCCUGAAUUAGUCCUGGUUUAGACUGCCAUGUAAUCCCAUUUAUUUCAACAAAGUAACUGUAAUCCAAUUACCACUCACAGUAACUGUAACCGAAUACAGUUACUCAUAAUUUGUACUCUGAUUACGUAACUCUGGUACAUGUAAUCUGUUACUUCCAACACUAGUUGCUAGUGUGAUGUCAUUCAGGAUGUGAAAUGAACCAACCUGAGGAAAAAUGUGUACAUUUUGUUUUUCUUCUUUUGCAAAAUGUGAAAUACAAUGAUUUUGAUUUUGACUGUGUUUUAGUGAAAUGAGUCGUCCAAGCUGUCAUAGACACUUUAAAGUUCAGAUGGAGGGCAGUGAGGGCUUUUAAGGACAAAUGUCAAACUCAAAAUGUCAAUGUUUAAAUUGGUGUAUGGUUAAUUUAUCUGCAAGAACUGGCACCAAGUUCAAGCAUUGUUUUCUCUGGCAGUACAAAAAAACAAGUUCUCAAAUAUGUCAUGAAUUAAAGGUGCAUUAUGUAAAUUUUAGAUCGAGGGUCACCGUUCUGCCUGGAAUGUUCCACCAUAUGACAUUAAACAGCUAAACAUUACGUUUAAUAUAUUACAGAUGCUUUUAAAGCUCAAAAAUCCCUAGAAAAACAGACAUGACUGAGUGUGAGCGGGGUUGCCUCUCCACAGAUCUGACUUCCUACUUUGGCUGCAAUGUUUCAUAGUUUGGUAUUAAGCCUUUCUAUCUUCAUGGAGACCACACCAGACCAAGUUACAGGUCAGAUCUGUGGAGAGGCGACCCCUCUCCCAGUCAGAACGUCUGUUUUUCUCUGUCAAUUUUCAGCUCUAAAACCAGCUGUAAUUGAAUCAAAGUAAAGUCGAGCUGUUUAAUGUCACACUGUGGAACAUUCUAAGCACAGCAGUGAUAUAUCCAUAGGAACAAGUUGGUGACGGAGCCUCAAUCAAAAAGUGACCCCUUUAAGCCACAGAAUGAUUUCGGUUCAAUUAUGAGCUUUGAACAUUUGAAGUAAAAGGACUAAAUUCACACAUUUGUCUCAUUUGUUUGGAGAGAUCUUUUCUAAACCUUGUGCCCUCCAUCUGGUCCUCUGAGCCCAGCCCGCGCCGCUCUUCCCCCAGCCACAGCACACGUCCCUGUGUGUACGUCCCAUGGUGUCCGCCCGCCACUCCGUGGAUGCUCCCUGUUCUCAUGCAGACCAUAUCUUAGUGUGCCCGCUGCCCCAGUCUGUGCCCGCCCUGUUGCCCACAAAUGUGAACUUUCCCCGGAGCACCUGUAGAAGCUGCUGUCUGCAUGUUCUGUUCUGUUCCAUGACGCCACAUAUCAGUUGCACACUUUGUGUCUAUGCUUCAAUGUUCUUCAAUUAAUUACUCAAUAAAUGAAUAAUUUUGUAUACA